AUGAUAUGGCAGGAGGAGGCGGAAUGCACUUCGGAAUCCGUCGGUGCGUACGUGCACCGUCAGACUGUUUGCACGAAUUGUCUCGUACAGUGUCAAGUAUCUGCACACACGUGCACACACAUACGCUCAGGCAAAUGCUUGCGGGCACGUGCACUGGGAACGCGCACAGAUAGACGGACAUGUAUACGUUGGGGCGGACGAAACGAAGGCAGACCAAUUCGUAUAGGCGUGAGCAGAGCGGACAGACUAGCAGACCCAUGUAGGGAAGGACAGACGUCGGCAGACAGACAGCGGCCGCCGCAGCCAACGCCGCCCUUUGGCGCAGACGCAGACGCAGCAUUGCCCCGCCCUGCCCUGCCCUGCCCUGCCCUGCCCCGCCCUGCCCGCCUCGACGACUCUGGUCAGUCGUCCCGCCAGCCCAAAUCCGCCUCGCCACGUUCUCCAGCGCGGUCUUGCCGCCGUCUUCUCGCCUCGGCCAUGCUCAACAGUUCGGAUGCCGUGACCGUUGAUCCGCACAACCCGCUCCUCGUGCGGCCGACGCUGCAACUGCCAGGCCAGCCGGUGCUCAACCUCUCCCGGCCGCCGGCCGCAGCCGCCGGUCAUCAACUCAUCUGCGUUGACGACAUCUACUGCACGUCGGACAGCCUCGCGAUGGCUCGCCACUUUCUCAUCGCCUGGCCCGGCCUUAUCAUCUCGCUGGCCAGCCUCGUGUUGAACAUCCUCAUCAUGUCGGUGCUCGGCAACAGGGCCCUCCAGUCCUCUCCGGGCGUCUACUUGACGACGGGAGUGAUCACCGACAGCCUUCGACUCCUCAUUCUUCUGGGCGUUCGCGUCUUCCCCAAUCUGCCGCACAACCUGACCGGGCAACUGGAGGCCUAUCAGCGCUUCGCGGCCUACCUCACUCCGCUCGGUCUGCCCCUAGCCCAGGCAUUGUGGCUCUGUCUGGGUGCAACGCUCAUCUGCAUGACGUACAUCCGAGCCGCCUCCAUCUGGACGCGAGGUCGCCUGCAGCCGCCGCCUCGACAAAAGGUGCACUGGCGUCUGCCAAACAGGUCGAUCAGGUCGAGGCGUCUGGAGCCGGGUCCUGGGGAUCUGCAGACUUCGCUGUCGUACGGUGUGAUGCCGAAGCGACCGCGGCGAUUGAAGCUUCUCGCGCUCUAUGCCAUUGUCGGUCUGCUAUACUCGCCGCUUCUGUUGACCUUCAAGGUCGUCGAGGAGGCUGAUGACGUCCCGACUGCGCGGGUUCGAGUGACCGGACUUUUACAGGCGACCGUUGCUUCAAGUGCCGGUAGAGAAAAUGCACCUCCAGAAGACAGACCAGACCAGAAGCUGACAAGUUUUUACUUUACUCAGGUAAUACAUUCUUUUUUCUCUGUUGCUCGCCAAAAUUAUAAGAAGCCUUUUGGUCUGGGUGUAUAG